CGAUUCAAAUGUGUAGAGUUUGUGUCACCAGCUCAUAGUCGUAAUCUUGUAGGUUGGAUCAUAAGAACCUUUUUUCAUCUCAAUAAAUAAAAACUAAGAGUAGUGCAUUGCAAGAGACCAAGCUGAACUGCAUUGAAUCUUCUAAACUUGAUUGCAGUGUAUAUAACAUAUUUGUUGUGUGAAGAGUCGGUAACUAAGAUUUUUCUGGUAAUGAUCAGUAGUGCAGAAAAACUUUGAAAGAUGACCAUGUAAAAAUGACAAGCAUCAACUGGAAGAGAAAUACCUGAAAGUACAACUCGUGGCAAGCUUCGUUUCUGUUACGGACAGGGAUGGCUCAAACGAUAAGAUAAGUUACGCAUGUGUUGUGCUGUACAUUAUUAUUUGCAUUAAACCUGACUUCUGUUUUCCAAUUUUUAUGUCCACAAAGCUAUAAUCCACCCAUCAUCACUAGUUCACUACUAUUAGUUCUAAGGAAAAAUUUGAUAGACUUCAUUAGAUGAAGUUUUCUCCCAAUGGCGCCCAUAAAAAAUGGGAUGGAUAUCUCUCCCAUUAUGAUGAUCUGGCUGCCUAUCUUCCUGGCACGGAACAUAGGGCAUUAUCAAGAGGAAUGACCCCCCUGUGUUUGAUCUUUGUAAUAUCUUCACUGGGUACAACUUCUGUAAUAGAAUGUAUUCUAUUUCACUGUGUUUAAUUGCUCUCUUUGGUUUGAAACGUGUUUGUGCAUAGAAUUUGUCAUGGCUGUUGAAACAAUGUAUGCAGCUCUAUGCUAUUUGCACAAUACAAGAUAUAGUAGAUUCUUGCAUUUACUGGUUGCCAACUUGAUUAACAGAUACUGAGCUUAGCAAUGCAAAUGUGUAGAGUUUAUGUCAGACUCACAACCAUAUAACACUGGGUGUUGCAGUCAUGUAAGAUUGAUCUUAAUAACCUCUGUCAUUUAUGUUAAAAGGAAAUUGAAGUCUACAGAAGUGUAUUGUUAGAUAUCCACCCGAACUGCACUGAAUCUUCCAAGAUUGACCACAGCGUGUAUAAGAUAUUGCCGAAAUGAAGACGUACGGUAAUGAAGAUUUUAUCAUAGUGAUCAGUAGUGUAAAAACAAAACCUUGGAAGACAAGCAAGUAGAAAUGAGGAGCAGCAACUGGAACAGAAAUGACUGAAAGUACAACUUUUGGCAAGGAAGCUUCAUUUGUGUUCUGGAAGCCAAAACAGGAGCUCUGCUUUUGCGUUGAAGAUAAGGAAUUUAUCGUAGUGUAAUAGAAAUGAGGAGCAGCAACUGGAACAGAAAUGACCGAAAGUACAACUUGUGGCAACGGAGCUUCAUUUGUGUUCUGGAAGGGAUGGCUCAGACGAUACAACAAAGGUGAGCAUGUUGAAUGUUAGUUGUGAUAUCCAUCUUCCACAUUAAAACUUAUUUAUUUUUUCCAAGAAACUUUGCCCAAUCCGUCCACCAUCACUAUUUCACAAGUAGUUCUAGCUAGGAGAGAUCGUUACGUGUGAUCUGGAACUAGUUCUCUACUUAAUUUUCUGGUAUUCCUUCUCACGCACAAAUGGCAAAAAACAAGGAAUUAGAGUGUAUCUAUCCUAGCUUAUCAGGAACCUGUUGAAUCAUCAGCUGAAGCAUUGAUUCAAUUGAUAUCACCAAAGUUUAGCCUCUCUUGAAUCUUGAUUCUCCACACAUUUUUUUCUAUAUAUGAUACUAACAACAAAAGUUCAGUCUGUCUUGAAUCUUGAUUCUUCUUUAAAAAUAUCAAAGAUCAGCCACUCUCCUGGACAUAGCUAACUGUAUGAUUUUGGCCCCUCCCAAUUCCCAAAAGCAAAGAUUAGAAAAGGUGGUGGCUAGAAUAGAACCUUUAGACAGAGAACAUAUAUUCUACCCGAUUAGCCACAUCUCAUAGCGAUUCCCUUGCACCUCAGUUAAGCGUGCAAUCCUGCGCCGACCACUCCAUCCUCUUUACCCGCCGCGGUCAUCUAUAAAUAAGCACCGUUGGGUCAUCUCCAUCAUCCAACUCCAAGAACACAACAGCCUAGAGCAAGCUCAAGUGAAGUGAGCUGAUCAGAUCGACCAAUCACAAAUCCCCAAGAACAGCCUACUAGCUACCCACCAAUUCGCUCGAUCAGCAAUGGCAGACAGAGUGACGAAGCUGGCGUCGCAGCGGGCGGUGGUGAUCUUUGGGGCGAGCAACUGCUUCAUGUGCCACACGGUGAAGACGCUCUUCACAGAGCUGGGCGUGAGCUGGACGGUGCACGAGCUGGACAAGGACCCCCGCGGGAAGGACGUCGAGAGGGCGCUCGUCGGCAUGGUCGGACGGAGCCCGCCCGUGCCAGCCGUCUUCAUCGGCGGCAGGCUUGUCGGCACCACCGACCAGGUCAUGACGCUGCACGUCGGCGGCCAGCUCGUGCCGCUCCUCCGCCAGGCCGGCGCCCUGUGGCUUUGAAGAGUCAUGGACAGGGACAGCAGUGGCUGAUGCGUGCGUGCAGUGAUGUGUGAUCGCAGCCUUGAAAUUGAGCUAAGAUAGUGACCAUGUAGUGCGUGCUCUGCAGUGCAGCUACAUAAUUUUGGAAAGGUCAUCAAACAUAUUAACGGUUAUGACCUUUCAGUUGUACCUCUUGUUGUCAUGAAAAGAGUAGAAAGGAUGCUUUGUAAGAGAUGAGCAUCCUGAGCAAUAUUGAAAGAGCUUAU